AUGCAAAGAUUUGCUUUCGUAGCUUCAAGAGUUGGAACAGUUAGUACAAAUUUAUUAAAAACAAUAACAAUGACUUUGUUGAAAAUCUGCGCUUUGUUACUUGUUCUGUCAGUGGCCUUACAUCAGAGCACCGGAAGGACCGUUUGCGGUCCCGCACUGGAUGCGGUGCUCAGCACCAUUUGCGUGAAUGGCUUCAAUACAAAAUUCAAGAAAUCAAUGGAAUGGGAUGAUCUGGGCAGCAACGCUCUGGAAGAUGAGCUGGUCUUCCCUUAUGCCAGGUUUCCGUUUCUGGCCGAAAUCCACGGCGGGCAAGUGAAUACGUUGGCAAAAACUCGCCGCCACCGAGACACGGCCUUAAUCGGUGUUUAUGAUGAGUGUUGCAACAAGGGCUGCACCUACAAUGAAAUAUUCUCCUACUGCAAUAGGUUAAAGACUCAGGAUUGAACUCAUGAAGAGAAGGAUUUUGAUGGCUUUUACAAGGUUCUAGUAUGACUCACUUACUUUCCUAGGAAAAUUUUUGGAAAAUAUUUGAUUUUCUGUUAAUAAAAACAUUUUACUGCAAGACA